UGACACUGUUUGACUAUAUUACAUAACUUCUGUCACAGACUUAUUUUUAGGUAUCAUAAAAAGUCUCAUCGCUGCAGCGGCGCUAGCUUGUAUCCCUUAGAUGACCAUGACUGUUCCUCCUCUAGUCGUAUUUGGGCCUUCGGGGGUAGGCAAGGGUACUCUCAUCAAUCGUCUCAUUAAAGAAUUUCCAAACUCGUUUGGAUUUAGUGUCUCUCAUACUACCCGCGCUCCACGUCCUGGUGAGAUAGACGGCAAAGCAUACCACUUUACCACAACCGAUAACUUCAAGAACCUCAUCUCCGAGGCCGCUUUCAUCGAGCAUGCCCAGUUUUCGGGCAACUUCUAUGGGACGUCCAUUCAAGCUGUGCAAGACGUCGCAGCAACAGGCAAGCGGUGCAUUCUCGAUAUCGAAGUUCAGGGCGUCCAACAGAUCAAGCAAACGCCCCUCCACGCUACAAUCGUCUUCGUCUCCCCACCCUCCAUGACCGUGCUAAAUAACCGCUUGCGUGGCCGUGCCACAGAUUCUGAGGAUGCCAUCCAGCGUCGUCUCGCAAUCGCACGUAGAGAGAUCGACUACGCUCGCCAACCUGGCUCAGUAGACUACGUGAUCGUCAAUGAUGAUCUUGAUACAGCAUAUCAAAUGUUAAAGAGAAUUGCAAACGGAGAGUCGGAUGCGAGUGGGGAUCAGAUGCCUCCCUUGGAUGAUUAGAUCUUUCUAUUUAUACCCUUACAUCAUCCCCGUACAAAGGACGUUCCCGCGGAUGCCGUAAAUCGUGCCUGAAGUACAUAGCCCUGCAGGUUUCAAAUUCCAUCCUAUUUAUAUGGUCGAUAGGCCCGUAUUGAAGCCGACACUAAUGUUCACUUUCUCUCCAUAUUUGCUCGCAACCUUGACUGCACACGCUACUGACAACGAAGACACCGCAUGCACUAAAAAACUUAUGGACACCCAUUCACUAAUCUGAUAAUUGAGAUUUACAGCUAUUUUCAUAUUGAUAGACCAGAAUCUGGAAAACUCACUUAGCUGCUUUUGUUUGUUGUUGGAGUGACACCAAACAGAGGCAUGUGCACUAG